AUGCUGAGGCGCCAGGCGCGACUUCACCGAGAAUAUGUAUACAGAAAAAUGUUGGAAGCGAAGCAAAGGGCAGCGCAGGAUAAAAGGGAACGGAUAAAAAAAUGCCUCGAAGGAAAUCUGCCUAUUCCGACCGAUUUGCAAAAAGAAGCACUGGACCUUCAGAACUCGUUAGAAUGGCUUGAUAAUGGAGGCGAAGGUGUCGUAAGUCACGUGGAUGAUGAAUACCGAUGGGCAGGAGUAAAGGACCCGAAAAUUGUCAUAUCUACCUCUAGGGAUCCUAGUUCAAAGUUGCGACAGUUUGCAAAGGAGAUUAAGCUCAUUUUUCCAAAUUCGCAGCGAAUCAAUCGAGGCCAGUAUGAAAUGAAGCAACUGUUGGAUGCGUGCAGAGCCAAUGACGUUACUGAUCUCAUCCUUUUGCAUGAACACCGUGGCGUUCCAGACAACUUGAUCGUCUGUCAUCUGCCGUAUGGUCCAACGGCUUAUUUCAAUCUCAGCAACGUCGUUGCAAGGCACGACAUUCCAGACAUCGAGAAAAUGUCUGAACAAUACCCUCACCUUAUAUUUCAUCACCUCAAUUCUAAGCUCGGAUACCGCGUGACUAACAUUUUGAAGUAUCUUUUUCCUGUACCAAAGGAAGACAGCCACCGUGUGAUCACUUUUGCUGCAGACGAGGACUAUAUAUCUUUUCGGCACCAUGUUUUUCGUAAAGAAAAUAACCAAAUAUUGCUAACCGAAGUGGGACCCAGGUUUGAAAUGCGAAUUUAUUGCAUUAAACUUGGUACGCUAGACGCAAUUAACGCGGCUGACACGGAGUGGGUGCUGCGGCCAUAUUUGAAUACCAGCAAGAAACGACUGUAUCUAACGGUGCCUGAUGAGUAA